AUUAAUCGAACAUGAGAAUCUCCAGAGGAUUACUCCUGUUGGCGGCUUUGGUUCCUGCAUUGUCUUCGCCUCAGGGAAGACCCGAUAACAUCUCCAAAGACUGUCCCAGAAAAUGCUGGUGUUAUCAAACUGCUGUACGAUGCAUGUUCCAGGGGAUCACCAGAGUACCGAGGGUGUCAGGAAAUUCUACCAUUUUAGACCUGAGAUUCAACGAUAUCAUUGAUAUACCACCUGGUACAUUCCAUGGACUAAAAAAUCUCGAUACAAUUCUAUUGAAUGAUAACAAAGUCCGGCAUUUAAAGGCGAAUGCCUUCGUUGGCCUCUCGAACUUGACUAUUCUAUACUUGUACAAGAAUCGAAUAACUUCAGUAGCUGUUGGAGCAUUUGCACACUUGCCAAACUUGAGACAGCUCUAUCUCCAUGAGAAUCGUCUGACGGAGAUCGAACCGCGAACGUUCAGCGAUCUACCAAAGUUGGAGAGACUAUUUUUGCAGAACAACAGACUCCACAGAAUACCGGCGGAUGCCUUUGAAAAUGUUGGGCCAAUGACGCGCCUGAGAUUGGACAGCAAUGCACUGGUAUGUGACUGUGAUCUUCUUUGGCUUGUUGAACGACUUCGCCAAGGGCCAUCGGAGACGAGUGCAGUUUGUCAAGCUCCAGUGGAGAUGGAAGGUCGAUCACUCACCUCUAUGUCCACUGAGGAUUUCCAUUGCCAUGUUCCAAAGAUAAUGGAAGGCCCAGAAGACAUCCACUUGGCAAUCGGUGAAACAGCUUCCUUCACCUGCAAAGUAGUUGGCGAUCCAAAACCAAAAAUAAAAUGGAUGCGCAAUUCCGACGAAGUAAAUCCAGAUGGCUCACGCUACAUCAUAAAAGAGGACGGUACUCUGGUUAUUUCGGAUAUUUCUGAGAACGAUGUUGGAGAGUACGAGUGCAUUGCUGAGAGCAAAAUGGGUUCAACAGUAUCCCGAAAGGCCCGAGCGAUCAUCACCGCAACUCCCUCAAUCCGUUUCACAGAAAUUCCCAACUCCCAGUCAGUGACCGCCGGUGAGGACAUCGUAUUCACAUGCAGGGCCGAGGCUCGUCCCUUUCCGCUGAUCGAGUGGUGGAGAAAUGGUCAGCGAAUCCGAGGAGACGAUAGGAUGUUCCUGGAGGACGAAGGUACAACCUUGCGAAUCAUCUCCACAACCAUCAGUGACUCCGCUCGUUAUAUCUGCCAAGCAAGGAAUAUUCAGGGCUUCGCCGAGGUCAGCGCAGACCUGAAAGUCGUCUCCAGAGAUACCAGCCCUCCGAGAUUGAUUUACGAGCCACCAGAGGACUUGGAAACAGAGGUAGCCGCCACCGUUGAGCUUCCCUGUCGCGCAGAAGGUGAACCAAAGCCCGUGAUCCAUUGGAAAAAAGACGGAAGUGCUUUGGAACCCAACCCCAGGUACAGAAUCUCACGUGGAGGGAGUUUGUACAUCCAAAACGUUACAGCGAGUGAUUCCGGAAGGUACGAAUGCAACGCUGCCAAUAACAACGGUCGAGCCACUGCCCAAAGUCUGUUAAAAAUCAAGCAAAGCCUGGUGACGUCAAGCAGCAUCGUUCAGCGAGCUUUUCAGGACGCAACAGACAGUAUUGACAGAGCUGUAAAUCAAACACUAGCAAGACUAUUUGGGGUCGGCGGUGCACCUCCGACCGGCCACACCGAUCCCUUCAGAAUCGCCAGGUUUCCGAAUAAAAUCGCCAGGGCCAAUGCCAGACCUGCCGAGAUUUUCGAACGAACUCUAGUCAAUAUUCGACGAUUUGUUAAUCGAGGGAUGAAGGCCAACGUUUCAGGGCCAUUCAAUUAUAGCGAUAUUUUGACGCACGAACAAGUCAGGGAGAUUGAAAAGCUGUCGGACUGCACUGGCCACAGGCAGAAACCAAAAUGUAAUAAUUUGUGCUUUCACAGUAAAUAUAGAACAGCCGACGGCACUUGUAAUAAUUUGAAACACACAACCUGGGGAUCCUCUUACACGGGAUUUCGGAGGAUUCUUCAACCGAUUUAUGAGAAUGGCUUUUCUCAGCCGAUUGGGUGGGACAAAACAAAGCUAUACUUUGGAUUCCUAAAGCCCCCAGCGAGAUUAAUAUCCACAAAAAUUAUUUCAACUAAUAAAAUCACUUCGGACGACAAAUUAACUCACAUGUUGAUGCAGUGGGGUCAGUUUUUGGAUCAUGACCUUGAUCACGCUCUCCCCGCAGUCUCCAGUGAAUCCUGGGACGGGAUUGACUGCAAAAAGUCAUGUGAAAAUGCAGCUCCAUGUUUUCCAAUGGAAGUACCUCCUGGAGACCCCAGAAUUACCAACAGACGUUGCAUUGACUUUGUGAGAUCUAGUGCUGUUUGUGGGUCGGGAAUGACAAGUAUUCUCUGGGGGCACGGAAUGACCCCGAGGGAACAGAUGAAUCAGUUGACAAGUUUUAUCGAUGCUUCUCAGGUCUAUGGAUACGAUGAUAACGUGGCCAGGGAUCUUAGGGACCUCCAGAAUGAUCGGGGAUUGUUGAGAGAAGGGGCUGCAGUUCCAGGACGAAAAGCAAUGUUACCCUAUAUGUCUGGACAGUUUGUGGACUGUCGAAGAAAUCCUCAGGAAAGCUCUAUCAACUGCUUUGUCACUGGAGACUUUCGUGCUAAUGAACAGGUGGGACUGCUGGCAAUGCACACAAUUUGGCUGAGGGAGCACAAUCGUAUUGUCAGGAGUUUAGGAGAGUUCAAUCCUCAUUGGUCUGGAGAAAAGUUGUAUCAGGAAGCCAGGAAAAUUGUUGGAGCUGAAAUGCAACACAUCACAUAUCAGCAAUGGAUGCCCAUGGUUUUUGGAAAAACUCUCGAGGAGUUGAUUGGAGCUUACACUGGUUAUGAUCCCGAUUUGGAUCCCCGAAUUUCAAACGUCUUUGCAACUGCUGCUUUGCGAUUCGGACAUUCGCUCAUUCAACCGCGUUUGGAGAGAUUGAACGAGACAUUUGGAAGCAUUCCUCAGGGACCUCUCAGUCUACGUGACGCUUUCUUCUCCCCUUGGAGACUUGUUGAUGAAGGUGGUGUUGAUCCUCUCCUUCGUGGAAUGUUCGCUACUGCUGCGAAACUCAAAUUACCAGAGCAGAAUCUCAACUCUGAGCUCACUGAGGAGCUCUUCAGAACAGCUCAUGCAGUUGCUCUGGAUUUAGCAGCCAUGAACAUUCAGAGGGCUAGGGAGCACGGAAUCCCAGGGUAUCUGGAGUGGAGAAAGUACUGCGGUAUGUCGAGUGUUGAUGACUUUGAAGAUCUCGCUGGGGAAAUUAGUAAUUCACGAGUGAGAAGAAAAUUGAAGGAGCUCUAUGGACAUCCUGGAAAUAUGGACGUUUGGGUCGGUGGAAUUUUGGAGGAUCAACUGCCCAACGCCAAAGUUGGUCCAUUGUUCAACUGCCUGCUGUUGGAACAGUUUCGCAGGUCUAGAGAUGCGGACAGAUUUUGGUACGAGAAUCCCUCAGUCUUCAAACCAGAACAACUGCAACAGCUUAAACAGAUCAGUCUAGCCAGAAUCCUUUGCGACAACGGCGAUAACAUCACUAGAGUCCAACGGGAUGUCUUCCAACUCCCUGAGGGGGACAAUAGUCUCAUCAGUUGCGAUGAAAUUCCAUCGAUUGAUCUCCGAUUCUGGUCCGACUGCUGUGAAAACUGUGAAGGUCCUUCUGACAAUGGCAUUCCAAGGUUUAGAAGGGAAGCGGAGAAGUAUAUGGAGCAUAUGAACACGAGAAACAUGAGAGAUCUUGAACGACAAGUCCAGGAUCUUCAACGGGAAUCCCAAAAGCUUAAAGAUCAAGCCAAGGAAAUGGCACUGCGUUUCCAAAUUUUGCAAGCCCAAUUAAGCUCCAAAAUUAUUUCGAAUUUUUAAGAAUUUUAAUACUGAUGGCUUGCAUUAAAACACCUGUGCAUUUUAUAUUCUAAUUUUUACAUAAAUUUUUGUACAUAAACUUUUAUUUUCUUCCGUAAUAAUUCGCACCUGUAUCGUUAAUGUAUAUACUAAAAAUAAUUCAAGUUUAUUAAUUAGCGA